AUGUUGGCCGUCUUCUUAGCUUCUUCGUUUAUUCUUGUCUCUGUGUCCAAUGCGUUGGAAAAUGUCGAGUUAGGCAAAGAUCUCAGUGUGGCUCUCGAACUCAUCAAACAUCAACCAUGUAAAGGAGGAAAGUGGACAAAAAAACUCGAGUUCGAGCCGGGAAAUGAUAGAAAAGGUCCAAAGUUGGAACCACAAGCAGGAAAACCGAACUGUUUCACCAUUGGAGGACAAGUAGAAGUUUUGGAAGAUUUCGGAGGAGAUUUCUCUAUCUACCUUGAGCUCAAGAACACUGCGAAGAAGAACACAGUCCCAGAAAAAUGUGUGAGACAGCCAGAAAACGGAUGUGGAGGAUUCGGAUCUUGUUUAUACUGCAACGCUUGUGAAACUUUCGGAGACAAAUUAGGAGUUCAAGCUCAACUUCUCCUUGACGGAAGUCCGAUCAGCUGCAAGGAUGGAUUGAAAAAGGGGAGCUACGAUAACCUGAAACUUGCUUUCUGUCUUCCUGACAUUGAUGAUGUCAUCACUUCUCAGGGACUAAGCAAGGAAUCUUUCUUGCAAUUGAUUGCAGGCGAUGAUGGAAACGCUGUUCGUGCUAUUGGAAUUUUUGCUACUGUCUAUGUAUUCGAUUCGGAUGUCAGCAAGCAAAUGGCCACCCAAAUCAAGAUUGAGGGAGUUUACCGUAGAACUAAAUACAGCUUCUUCAAGGAUCAACCACUGCCAGCUGAGGUCUACUGGUCUCUACCAUUCAACCAAAUGCUCAAGAAUCAACAGAGCUACGUUGCCUGCCAUAAGAUUUAUGGAAACUUGAAGGUCAAUCGUAAAUAA